CCUGCAAAGUUUAGGACGACGAAAAGCGCCUUGGGGGACCCCCGUCCAGAGGCAACCUGCGCUCCUCCGCCUUCUCCCCUCUCCCGGAGGACAGAAUUUGCCAGGGAAUUGGCGUUUUGAGGAGUUUUACAGCUUCUAAUCCUUGUUGCCUUGGGAAUACAAACCUCUCUAAUCAUGUCGCCGGCCAUGUGGAAAUGGACUUGCCUGGUUUCCCACCUCCUGCUGUCCACCACAGUGUCACCUCUGGGCAGACAGCAGCCACCCCAUCCAAAGAGGCCCUUCAUCACCUUCACUGCAGAGCAAGCAGAGGGAAACUUCAACCACUUGGUGGUGGACGAAAGGACUGGGCACAUUUACUUGGGGGCUGUCAACAGGAUCUACAAACUCUCCAGUGACCUGAAGGUCCUGGUGACCCACGAGACUGGUCCUGACGAUGACAAUCCCAAGUGUUAUCCUCCCAGGAUAGUCCAAACCUGCAACGAACCCUUGACGCCCACCAACAACAUAAACAAAAUGCUCCUCAUAGACUACAAGGAGAAUCGAUUGAUAGCCUGUGGGAGUCUGUACCAGGGCAUCUGCAAGCUCCUGAGGCUGGAUGACCUUUUCAAGCUGGGAGAGCCCUUCCACAAGAAGGAGCAUUACCUCUCUGGGGUGAACGAGAGUGGCUCUGUUUUUGGAGUCAUUGUUUCUUACAGCAACAUGGACGACAAGCUGUUCAUCGCCACAGCCGUGGACGGCAAGCCGGAGUAUUUCCCCACCAUCUCCAGCAGGAAGCUCACCAAGAACUCCGAGGCUGAUGGGAUGUUUGCAUAUGUCUUUCACGACGAGUUUGUGGCCUCCAUGAUCAAGAUCCCCUCAGACACCUUUACCAUCAUCCCCGACUUUGAUAUCUACUACAUCUACGGCUUCAGCAGUGGGAACUUUGUCUACUUCCUGACUCUGCAGCCUGAGAUGAUCUCCCCACCCGGCUCCACCACGAAGGAGCAGGUUUAUACCUCCAAGCUGGUGAGGCUUUGUAAGGAGGACACAGCCUUCAACUCCUACGUGGAGGUGCCCAUUGGCUGUGAGAAGAACGGGGUGGAAUAUCGAUUGCUGCAGGCUGCCUACUUGUCCAAGGCUGGAGCCAUCCUGGCCAGGUCUCUGGGGGUUGGCCCUGAGGAUGAUAUCCUCUUCACAGUCUUCUCCAAGGGGCAGAAAAGGAAGAUGAAGUCCUUGGAUGAGUCUGCUCUUUGCAUCUUUGUCUUGAAGAACAUCAACGACCGCAUCAAGGACAGGCUUCAGUCCUGCUACAGGGGAGAGGGGACCUUAGAUCUGGCCUGGCUCAAGGUCAAGGACAUUCCCUGUAGCAGCGCGCUGUUAACAAUUGAUGACAAUUUCUGUGGCCUGGAUAUGAAUGCCCCCUUGGGAGUAUCAUCCAUGGUGCGAGGGCUCCCCAUUUUCACCGAGGAUGGGGACAGGAUGACCUCGGUGAUUGCCUACGUCUACAAGAACCACUCCCUGGCUUUUGUGGGCACCAAGAGUGGGAAGCUCAAGAAGAUCCGUGUGGAUGGCACCACCAAGAACACACUGGAGUACGAGAUUGUGCAGGUGGUGGACACUGGCCCCAUCCUCCGGGACAUGGCCUUCUCCAUGGACCAUGAACACCUCUACAUCAUGUCUGAGAAGCAGCUCACCAGGGUGCCUGUGGAGUCGUGCAGCCAGCACGAGACCUGCAGCGAGUGCCUGGGCUCGGGAGACCCGCACUGCGGAUGGUGUGUCCUCCACAACACCUGCACGAGGAAGGAGCGGUGCGAGCGCUCCAGCGAGCCGCGCAGAUUCGCCUCGGAGAUGAAGCAGUGCGUCCGCCUCACCGUGCACCCCAACAACAUCUCCGUGUCCCAGUACAACGUUCUGCUGGUCCUGGAGACCUACAACGUCCCUGAGCUGUCUGCAGGAGUCAACUGCACCUUCGAGGACCUCUCGGAGAUGGAUGGGCUGGUGGUGGGCAGCCAGAUCCAGUGCAUCUCUCCAGCUGCCAAGGAGGUGCCCCAGAUCAUCACAGAGAAUGGCGACCAUCACAUUGUCCAGCUGCAGCUCAAGUCCAAGGAAACGGGGAUGACCUUUGCCAGCACCAGCUUUGUCUUCUACAACUGCAGCGUCCACAACUCGUGCCUGUCGUGUGUGGAGAGCCCCUACCGCUGCCACUGGUGCAAGUACCGGCACGUGUGCACCCACGACCCCAGCUCCUGCUCCUUCCAGGAGGGACGAGUCAAGAUGCCUGAGGACUGCCCCCAGCUGCUGCAGGCCAAGAAGAUCCUGGUGCCCGUGGAGGUGAUCAAACCCAUCACUCUGAAGGCCAAGAACCUGCCCCAGCCCCAGUCAGGCCAGCGGGGCUACGAGUGCAUCCUCAACAUCCAGGGCAGCGAGCAGAGGGUGCCAGCCCUGAGGUUCAACAGCUCCAGCGUGCAGUGCCAGAACACCUCGUACUCGUACGAAGGGAUGGAGAUUAACAGCCUGCCAGUGGAGCUGACAGUCGUGUGGAACGGGAAUUUCAACAUUGACAACCCAGCACAGAACAAAGUUCACCUGUACAAGUGCGGGGCCAUGCGGGACAGCUGCGGACUCUGCCUGAAAGCCGACCCCGACUUCGAGUGCGGCUGGUGCCAGGGGCAGAACCAGUGCACACUGAAGCAGCACUGCCCAGCCCAGGACAGCCAGUGGCUGGAACUCUCCAGCACCAAGGGCAAGUGCACCAACCCCAAGAUCACGGAUAUCAACCCCGUGACGGGUCCUCGUGAGGGAGGCACUAGAGUGACCAUCCGUGGGGAGAACCUGGGGCUGGAAUUCCGGGAUAUCGCCUCCCACGUCAAAGUGGCCGGCGUGGAGUGCAAGCCCCUGGUGGAAGGGUACAUCCCAGCAGAGCAGAUCGUGUGUGAGAUGGGAGAGGCCAAGCCCAGCCAGCACGCCGGAUUCGUGGAAAUCUGCGUGGCCGAGUGCAAGCCCGAAUUCAUGGCCAGGUCUUCUCAGCUCUACUACUUCAUGACUCUGACCCUCUCUGACCUGAAGCCAAAGCGAGGACCAGUGUCGGGUGGCACCCAGGUGACAAUCACAGGCAACAACCUCAACGCUGGCAGCAAUGUCAUUGUGACCUUUGGGAGACAACCCUGCCUCUUCUACAGGAGAUCCACCAAGCACAUUGUCUGUAACACCACGGCCUCCUAUGAAGGCUUUGAGAAGGUGAAGGUGUCUGUGAGAGUGGACAAGGCCAAGAUCCACCAGGAGCUGCACUAUGAAUAUGUAGAGGAUCCCACCAUCCUGAGGAUUGAGCCUGAGUGGAGCAUCUUCAGUGGCAACACUCCCAUUGCUGUGUGGGGAACUCACCUGGACCUCAUCCAAAAUCCCCAGAUCCGAGCAAAGCAUGGUGGAAAGGAGCAUGUCAAUAACUGUGAGGUGCAGAACAGCACAGAGAUGACCUGCCAGGCCCCAGCUCUGGCUGUGGACCCCAAUCACCAGUCUGAGCUCGCCGAGCGCCCCGAGGAAUUUGGCUUCAUCCUUGACAAUGUGCAGUCCCUGCUGAUCCUCAACAAAACCAACUUCACCUACUACCCCAACCCCAUCUUCGAGGUUUUCAAUCCCUCAGGGAUCCUGGAGCUGAAGCCUGGAAGUCCCAUCAUCCUGAAGGGCAGGAAUCUGAUCCCACCGGUGGCAGGAGGCAAUGCCAGGCUGAACUACACCGUGCUGGUGGGGGAGAAGCCCUGUGCGGUGACCGUGUCAGACGUGCAGCUCCUCUGUGAGUCCCCAAACCUCAUUGGGAGGCACAAGGUGAUGGCUCGUGUAGGAGGGAUGGAGUUCUCCCCAGGAAUGGUGUACAUCUCCCCAGACAGCCCUCUGAGCUUGCCAGCCAUCGUCAGCAUUGCGGUGGCCGGCGGGCUGCUCAUCAUCUUCAUUGUGGCCGUGCUCAUCGCCUACAAGCGCAAGUCCAGGGAGAGCGACCUCACCCUCAAGCGCCUGCAGAUGCAGAUGGACAACCUGGAGUCCAGGGUGGCCCUGGAGUGCAAAGAAGCCUUUGCAGAGCUGCAGACAGACAUCCAUGAGCUGACGAGUGACCUGGAUGGAGCUGGGAUCCCUUUCCUCGACUACCGAACCUACACGAUGAGAGUGCUUUUCCCUGGCAUUGAAGAUCAUCCAGUCCUGAGGGAUUUGGAGGUCCCUGGCUACCGUCAGGAGCGGGUGGAGAAGGGCCUGAAGCUCUUUGCCCAGCUCAUCAACAACAAGGUGUUCCUGCUGUCAUUCAUCCGCACGCUGGAGUCGCAGCGCAGCUUCUCCAUGCGCGACCGCGGCAACGUGGCCUCGCUGAUCAUGACGGUGCUGCAGAGCAAGCUGGAGUACGCCACUGAUGUCCUCAAACAGCUCCUGGCCGACCUCAUCGACAAGAACCUGGAGAGCAAGAACCACCCCAAGCUGCUGCUACGGAGGACAGAGUCUGUGGCUGAGAAAAUGCUCACCAACUGGUUCACCUUCCUCCUCUACAAGUUCCUCAAGGAGUGUGCUGGAGAGCCUCUCUUCUCCCUUUUCUGUGCCAUCAAGCAGCAGAUGGAGAAGGGCCCCAUCGACUCCAUCACGGGCGAGGCACGGUACUCGCUGAGCGAGGACAAGCUCAUCCGGCAGCAGAUUGACUACAAGACCCUGGUGCUGAGCUGCGUGAACCCCGACAACGUGAACAGCCCCGAGAUCCCGGUGAAGAUCCUCAACUGCGACACCAUCACCCAGGUCAAGGAGAAGAUCCUGGAUGCCAUCUUCAAGAACGUGCCCUGCUCCCACCGGCCCAAAGCUGCUGACAUGGACCUGGAGUGGCGGCAGGCGAGCGGGGCGAGGAUGAUCCUUCAGGAUGAGGAUAUCACCACCAAGAUAGAGAACGACUGGAAGAGACUCAACACGCUGGCACACUACCAGGUCCCAGAUGGAUCUGUGGUGGCUUUGGUCUCCAAGCAAGUCACUGCCUACAACGCAGUCAACAACUCCACGGUGUCCCGGACGUCAGCCAGCAAGUAUGAAAACAUGAUCCGCUACACGGGCAGCCCCGACAGCCUCCGCUCGCGCACGCCCAUGAUCACCCCCGACCUGGAGAGCGGCGUCAAGAUGUGGCACCUGGUCAAGAACCACGAGCAUGGAGACCAAAAAGAGGGUGACCGAGGCAGCAAGAUGGUUUCUGAGAUCUACCUGACCAGGUUACUGGCCACCAAGGGCACCCUGCAGAAAUUCGUGGACGACCUCUUUGAGACCAUCUUCAGCACUGCCCACCGUGGCAGUGCCCUCCCCCUGGCCAUCAAGUACAUGUUUGAUUUCCUGGAUGAGCAGGCAGACAAGCACAACAUCCACGACCCCCACGUGCGGCACACCUGGAAAAGCAACUGCCUCCCCUUGCGGUUCUGGGUCAACAUGAUCAAGAACCCCCAGUUUGUGUUCGACAUUCACAAAAACAGCAUCACAGACGCCUGCCUGUCCGUGGUGGCUCAGACCUUCAUGGACUCCUGCUCCACCUCAGAGCACCGCCUGGGCAAAGACUCCCCCUCCAACAAGCUCCUCUACGCCAAGGACAUCCCCAGCUACAAGAACUGGGUGGAAAGGUACUACUCAGACAUUGCCAAGAUGCCAGCAAUCAGUGACCAGGACAUGAAUGCUUACCUGGCUGAGCAGUCCCGCAUGCACAUGAACGAGUUCAACACCAUGAGCGCGCUCUCCGAGAUCUACUCCUACGUGGGCAAGUACAGCGAGGAGAUUCUUGGAGCACUUGAUCAAGACGACCAGGCUGGGAAACAGAAACUUGCCUACAAACUUGAACAAGUUAUAACCCUCAUGAGCAUAGACAGCUGAGAACUGUCCUGCCAGGGACACCCUGGGAGGGAUAAACCAAGUCGUGCCUCACUCAAGAUCAUCAUCUUUACCAAGUGCAAGUUUUGAUGGGCUGUAAGCAGAGUCACCCGAACAGCGCUCCUCUCUCUCUCUCUCCUCCCACUCUCUCUUUCUCUCUUUUCCUUCUCUUUCCAAACUAUGGACAAAGCAACAGAGCCCCAGGGGUUAAAAGAAAAGACUGCAGAGGAAUCUUGGCUCUGGGGCCAUGAAGACAUUUGGGUGGAGCUCUCCUUUUCACAGCUUCCCCUCUGCCUUUUGCCCUAGAGGGAAACUAUUGAACGCACGCGAAAACCCCACCAACCCUCGCCCAGCAUCGCAUCCUCACUCUGCAGAGGUGAAACUGGGAGGUAACUUCUGUCAUGCUGCUUUAACUGCCCUCUGAGGGCUGUAGCCUCUGGAGAGGACAUGGAAAUGAACUCAGUAUUACUCAAGUGUCCCCAAGGGGAAGGAAGGCAGCCUGCCUGCAGGGCUCCUGGAGGGCAGAGCCAUUGCAAUUUUAUCCCUCGAUAGCCACCCACUGGGAGAGGAGGCUCCCCCAAAAAUGCCACAGCUGUGUCCAGAGCAGGGCCACCGUGGCUCAUCCUGCCUGUGCAAACAGCUGCUCUCCUGGGGCAGGGAAAGGGUCAAGAGGGGACGAGGAGACCGACACUGCCCUGCCCAUGUGUUUCAUAUGGUUCUUCUUAUUUUCCCAAGAGCCGCGUGUCCCCCUCCGUCUUUCCCGUCGUGUCCUGUUGGUCGUAGCACUGCAGCAAAACGCUCUGUCUGCUGGGUGGCAUCCUGUCUGUGGUGGUGGUCCUGCUCCUCCUGCCCUUGGAGAGCACAGCAUCAUGCCCCUUGUUCCCACCUUGGCUUGGAAAGCAGGAGCCACAGGCCUCGGGUUGUUCCAGGCAAGGAGCUCAGCCUCAAAAGAAGAACCAGAAGGAUUUUUUGUUUUGUUUUGUUUUUUUAAGCUGUUCUUUCCAUUUUGUUUCCUCAACUGGAACACAGCUGUUAUUUUCCCAUAGUGGAAUAUCAGAGGGUUACUGAAAUGCUUGCUGUGAAGUGAGAUGGUGCACGAGGCUGAUGGUAAAGCCUUCCUACCAAGCCGCUCCUAAGAGGAAAUGUCACCACACACUUUGGAAGGAAAUCUUGGAGGAAAUCCAAAUGAAACACUGCAAAAAAUUUCUUCUACCUAGAUGCCCCCAGCCGAACUGCCUGUCUCCUGGAGGUCUCUGAACUGCUGUGAGCCCAUCUGCCUUUUGGUGCCAACUCCUGGCCUUUCCUCUCAUCCAUUUCUGGAACCAACAGGCCUUGGCUGAAGGCACAAUUGCUGCCUAGGAAGGAUUUUAUCUCUCUUUGCACUUCUUAUCCCUUCAGGGAUUGCUGUCACCAUGGGACAAUUGUGGGGGAUCACCCUGUCCCUGUGCCAUCCUCUGCUCAGCUUCUCCAGACCAUCUCGACUUGUUUCAUGGCCAACCAAAGGGGAGUGAGCUCCUGCAUCUCUUUUGCCUUCAGCUGUUCCAUCCGCACGGCUGCCAGCCUGGAUAACACCAUGACCAGAGACCCUCAGGGUGUGGAGAACCUUCCUUGUUCGCCAGGGAGGCAAGAGCUGGGUCAGCAUUCAUCUCCCCAGCCAUGAGCAGAGCUCCCUGGCAGAUGGAGGAGCAGCUGGAGGAUCAGCCCACAUCCACCUCACCCCAUCCUUGGAGCAACAGCCUGGAUCUGCUUUGUGCCUGGAGGGAGGAAGGGGUGCAGGGUGUGUAAAGUGAUUACAGAGCGAGUUUGUUUGGGUUCAUUCCUGUCUCUUGCUGUCAAACCAGAACCUCUUGGGAGUGGCAGAUCCCGGGUGUGCGUGAGGGAUGGUGUGGUGCAAGCAGGAGCCAGGCAGCGGGAGGGUUUCCUUCAGCCAGGCAGAUACACACGUAGGCGAGUCCAAAACCACUCAGUCCAACACUGGACGUGUCUGUGGGGAGAAAAAUCACCAGAUUCACGUUGAAACAGCAAACUUAGGGACACGUCUUGGUUUUAAACCCCCCAGAUAUUUCUCUCUUGAUUGCAAUUCCAAUUAUUUUGUGCGUGUGUAUCUGUGUGCGCGUGUGCGUUUCCUUCCUCUUUUUUAUUUUUGGUUCUGCUUGCUUUCUGUGGGAUUGCUGAGCUGAUGGACUCAUCAUGCACCUUAUGGACAUCUCAGCAGUUUUAAGAGGCCUGCGCAUUGGGGAUGGUUUGGGUUUGGUUGGUUCUGCCAUGGUUUUGUUGAUCCAUUUAAGUAACGUCAGCGCAUGUUCCAGAUCCAUUGAUGAAUGGCUGUGAAAGUGGGAAGUCCCACCAGAGCCAGUGGUAAGAAAAUGACAACAAACAACACACAAACACAGUAUUUUUUAUAAGUACAUAAAUUUAAAAAAAGGAAAAAGAAAAAAAAAAAGGGGAAAAAAUUUAAAAAAAAAAAAGGAAGAAACCAAAGGUUUUGACAAACAAAGUGCCACAACAGAUAAAUAUGGACCCUAUUGUCAUGCCUUGUACUCACAGCUGGAUGGUAGGAGUCUAAGGACAAAGAGCUGGCUUGGAGGGAAGUGGUUAUGAGUGAUGGGCGAUCCUGCCUGGACAUGCGCACAUGAGAGGAAGAAGAAGCUGUUUAACAGAAAAAAAAAAAAACAAAAAAAAAAAGUAUCAAAAUGAACUGGUGUGAUCCUGUACUGUUACUGAAGUCAGAGGAACACCACAGGGGAAAUCUGAGACUCACCCUGUUUCUUUUCGAUGUUUUCAGGGCUGUGUUUUUGGUUUGUUAUGGUUGUUUUCCAUGGUUGUUAUUUUAUUUCUUCUUGCUGGUACGGAGUUUUUCAUCUGUAUAUUAUAUAUAUAUAUUUUUCGAGGAAAAACUUGAACACCUCAGAGACACUGAGAAUGAAACACUUAGGGGAAAUGGGAAGCACCAGGAGAUUGGUGUCUUAACCCUUUCCAAACUUCCCAUUUAGGCAUUUCUGCUUUUCCCCCACCCUCUUCUUUCCCCCAUGCCCGGGAUUUGAAAGAAAAUCUGCGUUUUGCUUCUCUUUCAUCUCCUCUUUAUUUCUUUGUCUUUCUGUUUCUCUUUAGUUUGGUGUUUGAGCUGGAUUUGCUUUUUUGCUUGGAAAAUGUGCCAGAAUUGUGAUGUAAAUGCGUGGGCUUCCUCCCCUGUCCCCUUCAGUGCCCUUCCCAUUUCCAACCAGUGUCCCAGAAUCCCCCAGUCUAUGAGAAGUCUUGGCAUCUUUCUUCCCAGCCUCACCUGUUGAGCUAACUAUUUUUUAAGUGCAUGUAAAAUACAACUAAAAACAAAGACCCAAGCAGAAGAAUGAGCCCUACUACAACACGGAUGCUUUAUUUUCCUUUUAUUUCUGUUCCCCCCACCUCCCUCUCAACACCUGACCAAAAAUUCCUGAAAAAUAAGUAGUGUCCCACACUGCUUUUCAAGCCGAAUGGAGAGAACUGGAGCCAAAGUUCCUAAAAGCCCAUGGACAGGCUCCUAAUAUCCAGAAUAUUCCAGAUGAUAGGCUGAUAUUUACGAGCAUUUCUCAAACACUGCAAUCAAAUAAUUAAUGCUGGCACCUGUAGCACCAUCAGAAACAGGGGAAGGGAACUCAUGAAGACUCUCUGAGGUUCUGUGGAGAGAGUCAACAUUAUUUCUUCACUGCAGAGUUUAUACAGCACAGGAGAACAACUGAGGAGAAAUUCAGCCACCUUCCUCUCCUAGCACAGAAUCGUGGAAUGAUUUAGGUUGGAAAAGACCUCUAAGAUCACAGAGUCUGAAUAUUAAAACAUGCCCCAGUCCUUCUCUUCCCACUCUUCACCCUGUCCUGAACAUAUCCAAAGGUUUGGUCCAACCCAGCACACAUCAGCCUUGCUCCAUUAAAUAAGAGGGCUAUCCCAAUUUUCAUCCCUGUAGUGUUACCACUGCAGUUGUCUUAUCUUGCAUCUUUGACACUGAAGACCAUAAAAUUUAUUGGGUCACAAAGAAGAUUUACCAAAAUUUAAUUUGGUAAUUUCUUAGACUGAAAAAUUAUUUCCAAAGUUUCCCGAUCUUCUGCAUUCACCCACAAGAAAAUGUCUGCCAUAAAGGGAAUGAGACCAAGCAAAUCAGAUAAUUGUAAUUAUUUUUAAUAGUGCUGUUGAAAACCAAUAGAUCAAAUUUGAAGAGUCCAUUCAGUGGUCAGCAUUCCUGUUGAGUCCCCUCUGAAUUUCCUGGAGUCUGGGAUGCUUGUGAGGUAAAAACCCAAGCACACAACAGCCAGUAUCAGAAGGACAGUUGUUCAGAACUAAGUCAAAACAUGAAAUGUAGAUUUGUCCUUCUCCAAGGCUUUAACAAAGUGCUUUGGGAAGAGACGCUGCUAUUUGGGGACUCUUCCAAAGAGGAGAAAUGAAAAUAUAAGUAGUGAGAGUCGUCCUCCAGGGCAGGUGGAGGGUUUGGGAUGUCCUAACUCUUGCCAUCCAAACUUGGUGUGCUGUGUGGCAGGAAAUUGGUGAAACACGUGAACCUCAACAUCAUGGUGUGAACCUCAACCUCCUGCUCAUUUCCAGCCUGAAUUUUCCUGCUUUGCACCUGGUGCAGCUCCCAUUUCAGGGUAGUGCUUGGUCCAUUAAAUCCUGCAGUUUUCCCUCACCUCUGUGACUGUACAAUGCCCCUUUCCCAAAAAAAAAAAAAAAUCUUGCUGUCUUACUGGGAAUAAUGACUUUGUGGAGAAUGCUUUGAAAAUAGAGCUUGUCAACCGUGUUUUAUUUGGGGUGGCCCAGUUCUCUACACUUGGAGAAGCACCCAAGGGGACACAUACUUACAGCAAAAAAAAAAAAAAAA